CAAUCAGCAAUCGACAGCAGCUGAGCGCUCCUCCUCUGUCAUUUUUAAAAAGCUGCUGCAAACUCCCGGACACACAGUCGCUGACCUGCUGCUGAAAACCGAGCGAACAUGUUCUGCAGACGGGCGCUGAUGAGAGUCGGGCCGCUGGCACGGAGGGCUUUCAACCCCACAUCCAGAAAUGCGGUUCCAGUGCGACACAUGGCCUUUGGGGUCCCUGGUGGCUCCUCCAACAUGGCGUACUUUGUUCUGUGUGGAGGAGGCCUCACUGCUGCAGUCGUCUAUGCCUACAAGACAGUCAAUGGUGAUACUGAGCGACAUGAGGACAGACUGGCCAGCAUGGCCUCCACAGCAAAGGCACCAGAGGCAGCGGCACCAGAAGUGGCAGCUGAACCAGAGGCAGCAGCCCCGACAGCUGAACCAGAAGCGGCAGCUCCUGCAGCUGAACCAGAGGCAGCAGCUCCCGUAACUGAACCAGAAGCGGCAGCUCCCGCAGCUGAGCUCGCCCCUGUGGAGGAAGCCGCACCAGCCACUGUCGCCGAGCCUGUCCCUGCUCCUGCAGAACCAGUAGCGGAGACCGCUGCUGAACCUGUCGCAGAGGCCGUAGCCGAGGAAGCAGCCCCCGCAGUCGCUGAGGUGGUCGCGGCUGAGGUUGCAGCUGAGCCAGCAGCCGCAGAAGAAGCUGCGGCACCUGUAGCCGUAGAGGCAGUUCCUGAAGCUGCUCCCGUUGCGGUGGAAGUGGCUGCCACGGUGGAGACGCCGGCAGAGGCCCCCGCAGCAGAGAGCGCUGGUACGGCAGCAGUAGAAGAAGCCCCUCCUGCUCCCCCUGCUGAGGCAGAGACUGUCUCUGCAGCCCCUGAGGCUGAGGCUGCCCCUGCUGCAGAGGUGGCUGCAUAAAGCGGGAAUGCUUCAGUAGUUCACCCAGAUAGGAGGGCUGGGAGUUAGUCCCGGCUCUCUGGGCCAAGGAAAAGAGGACUCAUGAGCCCCAAUUUUAAAUAAUGCAGGGGGGUGGUGUGGGGGGCACUUGCAGUUGGUUAACGAAUACAGUUGGGGGUUCAUGAGUCCAGUUUCCUCCCUUCCCUUACCUCAUCCCAACCUUAAGCUCCAAACCCGAACAUUUGCAUUAGGCUGUCUGUUUAGGUUCAGUUUGGAAAAUUCAGUUUCAUAGGAAUGCAACCAGAGCAAUUCAAUAGUUAGGGUUUGGAGUGUUGAACUAGGUGAUAGAAGCGACAGAGCCGAGUUUGUGUCUAAUGUUCUCCGUAAAAAUGAUGUUCUGAAGUGCCCUUAAAACAGCAGCACUGCAUUUCUCUUGUGUAAAAUGUCAGCAUGGUGAAUGAAUGCAGCCCAGUUGAUUGUUGAAGUUAUUCAGUCUCAUCCUCGUUUGCACUUCUUCCGCUCAGCAAACGCUUACUUCCAACUACAUCGCAUCACUCUUUGCUUAAAUUUGGAUUAGAAUGCAGUAGAGAGAUGGAACAUAAAGUGCGUGCUUCACUCAGUUUCAGCAGUCUCAGUGUGAAGUUUGACCAAAAACCAGUGAGCUCUUCUUUUCCUGUCUGCACCUCUUGAAUCCUGUAACAUCUUUUGCACAUUUUCUCUUCUCUUUUUACUCAUAAAGGAGUAAAACUGUUUCUUUACUCUUUUAAUGUGAAACUUUAAUCUUUCAGGGAACACUACAGUAAAAGAUAAUUCAUCUGUUUCUGAGUUGUCAUUAUGAUUAAAACUGUUCAAAGAAUAAAAUCUCGCUGGAUUGUA